AUGUCGCAUUUGCUGGAAGAACACAGCAAAAGAAAGCUACAUUGGCAAUUAAAAGUAAGUGCUGAAGCCCUUCUCACUUAUGUUAGACAGCAAGCGGAUUUAUUUAAUAACAAUAUAUACAAUUAUGAAGCGAUUGGCCGCUGCCUACAAACGCGGGCGCAAAAUGUCUCAUAUUUCCGGUAAUCGGGAGGCACUUCAUGAUUCAAGUCAAGUUUGAUGCGCUGAAUUCCAAAAUUGAUGGUAAGGUCUCGUUUUCAUGCAUUUUUCAUACAUGAAAACAGUAAACAUUUGAAAAUUGUUUUUGAUAUUUCGACUAGGUUUUAGCUUUCAUCAGGCAUGAUGAGAGUACUAUAUAUCAUAUAUUGGGUAUGUACAGCUAUUUCAAUUAACUUAAGGUUUUCCCGAGCAAAGCCGGGAAAAGUCGAAUACGAGCGCAUAAAGGCUUGCUGGGAAUCGCUAAGAAAUUAAUGAUUUUUUUAGUGAUUCCCAGCAAGCCUUUCGCGCUUGUAUUCGACUUUUUCGUUUUGUUCGGGGACAAUUAAUUGAAAUAGCUGUAUACAAGUGAAGAAAAAUCAGAAAUACUAUAUAUAAUUAAGUCAUUAGUUAUUUAGAAGCUUUAAGGUGAUAUAGGUUUCUGUCUGCGUAUCUCAAGCGAUUCUUUGAACAUUAAUAAAAACCAGUGGUCUGCUCUAACGAUUAUUUUAGAUGAAUGGAUGGAAGGAUGGAUCAACUUUAUUUAAAAACACACUAAUCUUUUCAACAAAUGCUAGUUUCCAAAAGCGGUGUAUACUACUAUACGACAGAAUAAAUCCCUCCCCCCAUUAAUUACUAUGACUGAUGUAUGUUCACUACUGAUUUCAUAAAUUAUACAAAUAUUAUGAAUUUGUUAGCUAAUAUAGUACAAUAAAUUAGUAAAGAAAUGUAAGAAAAUUACUAUUAUGCAUGAUGAUUGCUAACAGUUAUUAAUAGGUCUUAUUAAAAAACUAAUCAGAUAAUAUGCAUGUUAUAUUAGAGUAUUGGUGUGGUGUAGUUUAGUUCUGAUCUAGUUGAAUUGAUCUCGUUUCAGAACUGUCUUUCCAAACGUCAGAUAAACAUUUUCAUUUUUCAAAAUGUUUACCGUUUCUGCAGUUACUAUUGUAAUGUAUUUAUGUUAAAAAUUUUGACUUAUUAGGUGCAUAUACCGUCGAUCUAAAGAUAAACACUCUCUCCUACGUAUGUAUACUUGCACAGCGCCCCCCCCCGACAUACACACAUUUUUUCUCUUUACGAUUAAUUUAGCCACUCUUUCAAAACUGAGGAGAAACGAACCGUGAAUUCUUUUAGUAAUGUUUUCGUUUUUGAUAUUAAAAAAAACUAAUUGUGUGAUUAAUGCACCAAAUAGCGUAUCGUUGUUCUUAAAAAUAGAAGCAUUUUCUGGGGUAUCAUGUCUCCGGAUGGCCAGACAAUCAAUACCCUCCCUCCCCUCUCACCACUUGUUUGUAUUUGGCCACACCCCUAUAUAGAUUUUGGCAGGUUUGAUUAAUUUUGGGCAAGAUUUGGUAAACCGACACAUGCGCAUCAACAGGGUCCCAGCCUUCUCUGGUAAAAAUUGCUGAAAUUAAAAAUGGAAAGCCUAUAUCUAGGCUGUGCUGUGCUUAUUUUUGCAUAUAUGUUUCUAUAUUUGUGCAUUGAACCUGACCAAAAUAACUAACUUCAAUAGCUUCCUUUGGCGGAGGACGUGAUGCAUUUAUAUACUCCUUCCGCCCGACGAAAUUAAAAAAUUAUAAGUCGGGGAAAAUGACAAAAGGUCGGGCACAUUUCUUUCUGCACUUCCUAACUCCUAAUAUUUUUACGUACGCUGAUGUUCUUAAGUAUUGCAAAUGCGUUGCAUUUAUAUUUCAGUCUGGGUGUGAAGAAGACAACGAAUGUCAGAAUGGUGGAAUAAUGGUUUGGGAUCCAGUAAAGCCUUUCAAAUGCGAAUGUCCAGAGAAUUACGUGCGGGAAUUUUGUCAGCAGAAGAUAUGUGAGUAGGUCAAGUUUUUGAAGAUAUUGUAAAGUCAGAAGUGUAUGUAACAAUAACAUACACAAUAUGGACACGUGAGAUUUGUCUUGACGAUAACGCUGGUUUCUUAUCCAAGCGAAUUAAUGAGUGAUAUUUAAAGUGAAUUAAUGAGUGAUACAGAAAUUAUAUUGCAGUAUUAUAUUACUCAAUCGAAAUUUGUAUCCAAUAUAAACCUUUAUAUUGGAUACAAAUUUCGAUUGAGUAAUAUAAUACUGCAAUAUAAUUUCUGUAUCACUCAUUAAUUCACUUUAAAUAUCACUCAUUAAUUCGCUUGGAUAAGAAACCAGCGUUAUCGUCAAGACAAAUCUCACCGUCAUGACUUCCUCCGAAGUUUGCGCAUAUUUAAUGUUGAUGACAAUUACAAUCAUUUGACCUUUGCUAAACUGUAAAUGUUAAAAAUCAUAUCUCAUACCGGGAGAACAACGACAUAAAUCUACACAAAAAUAUCAUCAUCAUCUAGACAAAAAUCAUCAAAUGUUAUAGGUCUCUUGAAAAUGCACAUAGAGGAAAAUAUAUGUGUAACAACGAUGAAAAAUAUGAAAUAUCCUCGAAAUAUAAUUAUAAUAGUUUACUUUGCAAAAUAUUUUACAUUAGAUGACUUGUCUGACUCAGAAAUAUUGACCAAAGAACCACGACAAUUUUAUGCCCACCUUACAAAAUGGCUGCCAAUAGUCACAGGAAACUGGACCGUUUGUUGGCGUGCAAGUGAACAUGGUUGGGGAGGCAGGAUCUUUCACAACAGAUGUGAUGAUGAAAAACCAACACUCAUCAUUGUGAAGGUUGUCAAGGAUGGGAAGAACUUCAUUUUCGGUGGCUUUGCUACAGCUUCCUUCAAGGGUAAGAUGUGUUUCAAAUACAGUCUGCAGGGUGCAAUAAAUCACAUUCUUACAUACCGGGGGUACACCAUGGUCUGGUACUUCCGUUCAUCAACCGCGGCGAUAUCCUUGCUAUCUAUGUACUGUACUUGCAUUCACCUUCCCAAUCCCAAAAUAUUCAAAAUAAGGUUGAAAGUUACUACUUUUCUAUUUCAUAAUAUUUUGUCUUUAUGUUUGAGCCAAAUUAAAGCAUCAAAAGGCUCAUCUUGGGCUCGUGGUAUAUUUACCUGUACAUUUGCGCCCAUGCGACAAUUACUGUAACUAAUUGAAAAAAAUGUCACACACAAAUUAAAACGAUCAAUCUGUAAUUUGAGGAACAUGAUUAGUUUUUCUAAAAUAUAUUGAAAAAGCAGCAAAAAUCUUUGAUAAAAACGAAAAUUCGAAGCUCAAGCGAAAACUUUAAAUUUCUAAGCACCGAAAACAAACUCAAUACACAUAAUUAUAUAGGAUAUUAAUAUUCACCUACCUUAAGGCGAAUUUCCAGUCCUCGCACGAAGCUCCUCGCACCUCGCUGCGAGUAGCCUGCGUGCAGCCUGACUUUAAAUGGAGAGAAGUCAAUCUGCGAAUCAGGAAACAAUACCGUGUUCGCGCCAUCUUUUGAAUUGCAUGGAUUUCUGUAUUCAAACGUGAUUGGCUAUCGCUCAAAAGCCUAACACACACGCUACGAUUGACCAAUUCGUUAAUAUAUAUUUGGUUCAAACAACAUUCCAGAAUGAAGAAAAUGGCGGACAAAAACACAAAGAGCAAUGUUGUGUGUAAUUUAUGCACAAACCCAUACAAAAGAUAUGAAAGGGUUCUCAUUGAGGUUCCCAACUCAAGAUGCCAUUUUGCUAAAUAUAUUAUUUUGUUGAACUGAAUCUAUUAACGAAUGGCCAAUCGUAGCGCGUGUAUUAGGCUUCUGAGCAAUAGCCAAUCACGUUUGAAUACAGAAAUCCAUGCAAUUUAAACGAUGGCGCGAACACGGUAUUGUUCCCUGAUUCGCAGACUGACUUCUUCCCAUCUAAAGUCAGGCUGCACGCAGGCUAGCUGCGAGUGCAUGUAUGAAUAAUUUCAUCCAAUCACAAUGCUAAACAGUUAAUUUUAAUUAGAUGCAAGCACUCGCAGCGCGCUGCGAAGAGCUUCGGUGCGAGGACUGGAAAUCCGCCUUAAGUGACAAUCCUUGCCUCGGACCUUCAUUAGCAAUUUUGAAUCUGCACUCCGUUGGCCUAUAAAUACUGUAGUUUCGCUAGGAGGCGAUCCUUCACUAUAGAUGAAAUGGGCUACUGUGGCAACUUUAGGUUAGCGAAACUAGUAAUAUUUCAAUUCGUGUUUUUUGAAGAAAGGGCUUAACUUUAAAUAAAAUAUUCCGAUAUACCGAAGCUAUGAUACUAACAUUAUUGCCACAUCAUUUCAACCACUGCUGUUGCAAAGAACCAUGUUAUGAAUAUGCAAUCCGCAAAUACUGUGAGCUCAGCCCCUCAAACUGGAUAUUAACAAGAGGCUCAGCCCCCCUGAGUUUCUAACAUGAAGGGCAGAGCCCCUACAACCUUGCAUGGAUAUGUAUUUAUUUAUAACAAAAACAAUAUUUAUACAAAAUAAUUCAUUUCUUAAUUUGGUUAUUAGGUCCUGGUUUUAUACACGCUCCUGGGUCUUUCAUCUUCUCCUUGAGAAAUAACGACAACCUCACUCCAUUCAAGAUUCCACUGAUAAAUGAUUUAACGCGAAAGGCACUUUACUCUUACUCCGACAGUGGACCAUCGUUUAGAUAUGAUUUAUUCAUAUCAGAUAAAGCCAACUCUACAGCAAACUCUUUGGCAGAUCUUGGUCGUGAAUAUCAAACCCCUCCUGGUUACAAGGUUUAUGAAGAAAAUACUCAAGCUUUGUUAGCGGGAAGUGAGAAUUUCACUCCAUUAGAGGUUGAAGUUUUAUAUUUCCAUGAGUGA